AUUUGUUAGAACAAAGGUGAAUGUGACGCAAGAAGCAGAAGGAGCAAAAGAGAGAAGACUGACACUUGAGUUAAGAGAGGUGGAGACGAGGAAACCAGAAGAAGCUGUGUAAGCGUAGAGAGAGAUCUUACUUACACACGGUAACUUGAUAGACUAUAGCAACUUCUUUUGCUGGGUUGUGAAAUGAAUGAAUGCUUUGAGUUUUACUGACACAGGAUUACUUUGGAUCAGCCUACAUUUUGCAUGAAGUAUUGACGAAACUUAAAUCAGCAGGACGCAUUCUGUAUUUUGUCAGGUCCAGAGAGAGAGCGUACGGAUCAUGACGUUGAAUUAUGCCAUGAAGUCCUUCAGUCUUCUGUCGCCGACUUCUCUUUCUAAGCGUGUGACAGACGGCGUCUCUGCAAGUGCUUCCAUGACCCAGCAACUCCUGACGGCCAGGACUGCUCCGGCCAAACCUUUCCGGGUCACCAUUUUUGACCGCAGUGUGAAGAAAGGCAUCAUGGCAGAGAGUCUACAAGACCUCAUCAACAAGGCCAGGGACUCUCUGCAGGUGUCCUGCGACAGCGUCCUGGUGCUGGAGGAGGAUGGCACCGGGGUCGACACAGAGGACUUCUUCCUGACCCUGCCCAACAAUGCUGCCCUCAUGCUCCUGAACAAGGGCCAGAAGUGGACUCCUUCACAGUGUUCCAGCAGACUCCAGCACCGAAAAGACGUGGCUCGAGUGACCUUUGAUCUGUAUAAGAACAACCCGAAAGAUUUCAUUGGCUGUAUGAAUGUGAAGGCCACACUGUAUGGAGUGUACACAGUGUCCUACGACGUCCGCUGCUAUGCUGCCAAGACUAUGUUCAGGGAGAUGCUCAGGUGGACCUUGUUCACCAUGCAGACCACAGGCCACCUCCUGCUAGGCUCUUCCUUCUACAUUGAGCAGAUGCUGGAUGAAGAGGAGCAGGCAGAGAAGGGACUGGCACUGCCUAAGAGCAGUAGGAUCAAGAAGCUGCAGUGUGCUCUGAUGGGCAAGAUGGCCCAGUGACAGCAGUCAGGGAUGCCACCAACACUCAAGAGCUCACAGGACAUGCUCACAGAUGCGGAGGAAGUCAUGCAUGGUCUGGACCGUGUAAAAUGUCACCUGUUGUAUCAUUUGAAUGAUGUCACGUGCACUAGUCGAUGGUGUAUGAUAUGCCUAGAAUGGAUGUAGUCCGUCCUUGUGGAAAACGGGAAAGACUGCAAUUUACUGCUGUCGUUUAACUAGCUUUGUUACACUGCCUGUUUAUCAGAAUGGCAAACAAUGCACAAACCUUUUCUCUGAAUGCACUUUUCUAUUGCUGUGGAUACUACUGCUGUGGCUACAACUGCUGCUAUGGCUUGUAUUAUAUACUGCACAACACCGUUUUUGUAUUCAUACGCUGAACAAAAUAAAGGAUAUGGAUCACUG